UCAACACUCCAACUCCCUCCCCAUUCCCACAUUCUCCCUCUUCUCUAUGUAAUACAUUCAUUCACCAUACUCUCAUUUUGUGGAUUCUAGUUUUAGUCUUCAUUACUUUCUCUCUCUCUCUCUCUCUCUCCAAUUUUAACUUGUAUUUCUAGUGCUUUCACUACAUCCCACGAGCUUCCACUUGCUCAUUUAUCUCCUUUUCCCCUUCAUUCUUCACUCCAAUAAUCAAUCACCCCUUUUAAUUUCUUCUUCCUCUUAUCUUCUUCUAUAAGCUCUCCUCCCAUAACUCAUUUCCUCAAUCAUACCAUUAAAUCUUUACUUUCUCUCUCCUCCUAAUGGCGAGAGAAACUACUUGGUUAAGCAGACUCAAAUCACAAAUUUCUCACAAACUUAUUCAUCCAACUUCAAAACUUGCUAGAACAAGAUCUAGGAAUGUUGGCGUUUUAGCUUUUGAGAUUGCUGGUCUUUUUUCUAAGCUUCUUGCGCUACACCAAUCUUUAUCUGAUAAGAAUAUUGUCCGUCUUAAGAAUGAGGCUAUCGCCCUCGAAGGAGUUCGAAAGAUCGUCUCUAACGACGAGUCUUUCCUUCUUGGAUUGGCGUGUGCCGAGAUGGUUCAGAAUCUUCAUGUUAUUUGUAAGGCCGUAGCACGGUUGAGUGACCGUGCUACGGAUCCUACACUCCGGUCUUUUUCGGAGUGUUUGGAGGAUUUUGCCAGCACAGGGCGGGACAAUUAUAAUUGGGCCGCCCUGUGCGGGAAGGACCUAGAAGGGUUGGUCCGGAGGAUAGACCGGUACAUCGCAGCUACUGCUGCGCUGUACCGGGAGAUAGAGGAGCUAAACUCGAUACAAAAUAGUUUAAAGAAAACGCCUCCGGAAGGUGCGUUAGAGGUCCAGCAGAAAGUAGUGUGGCAAAAGCAGGAAAUUAAGUACGUGAAAGAGAAAUCCCUUUGGAACCGAAGUUAUGAUUCCGUUGUCCUCCUUUUGGCUCGUUUAAUAUUUACUGUCCUUGCAAGAAUUAAGUUUGUAUUUGGGAUCGGACAGAGUUACUACCCUCACCCAAGUACGCUUCCUAGAAGUCUCUCUGCUUCGGCCACUGUAUUUCCUUCAUCGGAUCUCAGUGGCAAUCAUAAUUCUUAUGUGUCAGGGCCGUUAACAUCCACCCCACUCCACCUCAACAAGAGGAUGACUACAAUUGGAUCAGGGACCGGAAAUAGAGUUGGGUUCUUUGAGUCUAGAACCAAGGACUUGACGCCACCCCCAACUACGUUGGGGGCGGCGGCCUUGGCAUUGCACUACUCUAACUUGAUCAUUGUCCUAGAGAAAAUGAUCAAGUCACCCCACUUGGUGGGGUUAGACGCGAGGGAGGAUGUUUAUGCUAUGCUCCCCAAUAGCAUAAGAUCCUCCCUCCGCGUCAGGCUAAAAGGGGUCGGGUUCUCAGCAACCGACCCCGUUUUAGCCGCAGAGUGGAGGGACGCCCUCGGGCGAAUCCUCACUUGGUUGGGUCCAUUAGCACAUAACAUGAUCAAGUGGCAAAAUGAAAGAAGCUUCGAACAACAAAAUCUAAUGCCAAAAUCAACCAAUGUCUUGUUGUUACAAACACUACAUUUUGCCAACAAAGACAAAACUGAAGCUGCUAUUACAGAAUUACUAGUUGGGUUGAAUUACAUAUGGCGAUUCGAGCGCGAAAUGAAUGCAAAAGCCUUGCUAGAAUGCUCCAACUUCUUCUUCAACAACAAAAGUAGUUCUCCUAUCAAUAAUCUACAAUCAUAGUACCAUAUUAACUUGUAAUUUUGAGUUAUUUUCUAAGGGGUUGCUUUGAUUGAUUUUUAGCUGUUAAUUACUUUAUUAAUUAGAAUUCAACUCAUAAAAAUGGGUGGAUUGAAUUUUGAGAUCUCAUUGAUUGAUGAGAUCGAUCAAAGGGUCUUCUAAGAAAAAUCUGACCCUUAAUUUGUAUAGUUUGUAGUACUUGAUUCUAAUACUUACUUCUAUAGUACAAAAUUUAAGUUUGUUGUUGUACAUGAAAUAUGAUGGUUGAGUGAAAUUUAAGAAAAAUAACUACUACUAUAAUAAUAA